AUGACAGGUCAAAUCUCAAUCCCGUACCUCAGCAGUAGAGGUAUCGUUUACUAUCAUCCUCCCGGUUUUCAAGCAGACAAGACACGACAAACAACACUUCCCACCCCACCUUGCCGACCAAGACAGCGUCGACCUCAUUCCAUACACAUCACCCGUCUGCCUGCAGGCUUCGUACCGUUUGAUCUGCGACCUCCGUCGCCUUCGGCAAAGCCCAAGAAACCUUCCCGAGCCAAGUCUCAACUGAACAAGCUGGCUUCGCGAGAGAGUGCAAAGCGUGUGCUAGGGUCGGUGUUUUCGCCAUUUUCGUCCCAUACUUCUACACCAACAGCCUCUGCUGCAUCAUCGACGAUAGUAUCGAGCCCACAGGUCAGCCGUUCACAAUCAGUACGGACUAAUUCAGGAGAUCGUCGAAGUAUAUUCUCUCGAAGGGCUCAAUCAAGUGCGGGAUUGGAAGCCGGGUUGGAAGCAGGAAUAAUGACUGGACCUGGGCCCGGUAACAUGGAAGCAGUAGGCAUCGAAAAUCGACCUUUUGGGAACAACCCCGCCGACGUCCAUUUGAAUCUUCGAAAUCCGAAGCCACCUUCGUUUGCGACUUUUGGAGAUAACGAGAAACCACUUGCGUCAGGUCAUGGGGUCUCUCUUUCCAUUCCCUUCGCUGAACCAAUUGUAUAUCUGACAGGUUUGGAUCACGACGGCACGACCCGCAACUCCGAAUCUAACAACACCCUUGGGAUUCUCCGUGGCAAAGUACGACUUGACAUUACCAAAAGUAUAAAGAUCAAGGCGAUCACCUUAACAUUUAAAGGAAUAGCGAGAACUGAAUGGCCCGAAGGAGUGCCGCCAGCCAAAAUGGACUCUUGCGAAGAAGAGUCACUUCGAACACAAGUUCUACCAUUCUUCAAUGCUUUGUAUGAAGGCUCUGAGGUCGGUUAUGGAACUCACUGCCAUUACUAUCUACGGGAUAAAUCAGGGACGACGACGAUAACCCCUCUUGAUUCGCCAAGUUCUGGAAUCUCGACACUACUCGGUGCUAGAAGUAGAGCAAACACCCUCAUGACAUCCAGAGAAUCAAAAAGAUUGUCAUUACAGAGUAACCAAUCCCGUAGUUUCCAAAAGGGAGAUUCUCCUAACGGCCCGACACCCCAACAGAAAGGCUACAAGACUUUCCAUCCUGGCGUAUACGAAUACACUUUUGAAAUGCCAAUUGACAAUAACUCCCCAGAAACUACGAAGCUCCCGAACGCUUCUGUAAAAUGGCAAGUGGAGGCCAUGGUAGAAAGGGCGAGUGCCUUUCGUCCAAAUCUCUUGGGAAUCAAAGAAGUACCGGUCGUAAGAACGCCAAGUAUCGAGUCACUAGAGCUAGUUGAACCCAUUUCAAUCAGCAGGAAUUGGGAUGAUCAGCUGCAUUACGAUAUCAUGAUAUCCGGAAAAUCUUUCCCUUUGGGUUCUAAGAUUCCUAUAGCUUUUAAAUUGACCCCGCUGGCAAAAGUGCAGAUUCACAAGAUCAGGAUUUAUGUCACGGAGUCCAUUGAUUACACCAAUAACGACAAUUCGUUUUCUAGAAAGAAUAAGUCGCAAAAGAAGAUAUUACUGUUCGAGAAGUUGGCGGGGCAGCCUCCUUCAAGAGAGUAUAGCAACUCAGAAAUGCGAGUUGUCCGUGGAGGCGAGCUUACUGUCGAAGAAAGGGCCGUGGCGCGUGCGGCUGCGCAGAGGGAAAGAGAGAGAUUAGCAAGACAAUUCAACACGGCAGUGGAACCUCUACCUGAAGAAUCCAACAAUAUAUUAGGGGAUCUUGAUCUUGGACUUGACCAUUUCGCUGGCCCGACAGAAUUGGAGCUGUCAGUUCAAUUGCCAACAUGUGAGAUGAUGGAAAAGGAUAAAAAUAAACGUCUCCAUCAUGAUUGUUCAUGGAAGAACGCUAGGGUGCACCAUUGGUUCAAGAUUGCCAUGCGUAUAUCCCGUAAAGACCCCGAUGAUCCUUCUGGUAAGAAACGUCGUCAUUUCGAGAUAUCUAUCGACUCCCCUUUCACUAUCCUCAGCUGCCAGGCAUCCCAAAUGCAAAUGGCUUUGCCUGCAUACUGUGAUCUCGGUGGUCCGAGUAUUCGAUCUCAGGGUGACGGCCUAUGCGGUUGUCCUACUGCAGCCAGCGCAGAACUUCCGCCAAUUUCAGCCCUGACAGAUCCUUCUCUUGAUAAUUUGAGGCAGAGUCUUGGUCAAUCCACGAUUGCGCGUCCAGAGACCGCUGAGCCUCUGACUCGGCCGCCACAGGCACAUCUUGUAAUGAAUACAGCAGUCCAGCGCCCUAUUCAUAUGUUGCGCAACCCAAGCUUUGCCGCUCCUGAAUAUGAGGCCGAGCAACCCCCUCCACCAAUGCCAACACCUCCGCCUAUGUAUGAUGUUGUUGUUGGUACGCCUAGCGUCGACGGGCUUGCCGAUUAUUUUACCAGAUUGGCUGAUUAUGAGGAGGAAUAUCACACGGAUGACGAAGAUGUACAGCGAGCUUCAACCCGUGGCCGUGUGAACGUUGUCAAUCCUAACACGCCAGGAGGACGCAUUGCUCGAAGCAUGGAUAUUAACCGUGAUUUUAUGUUUAAUUCGGCAGCUCUUAAUAACAGAAUUAAUCGUGGUGGAAAUGCGGGCGGAGGCGGAGUUAGCAACCCGACCCCAACAACUAGGGAGUGA